GAUCAUGGACAUGCACAUACCCGUAACCCAUUGGACCGAACCCGAAGUCCCUUUCGACCAUUUUCCCACGUAAACCAGUGCAAAGUUCACACGUGGCGCUCGAUCGAGCCAUCCGAUCACUUUCCGUUCUGGCAACUGAAGCGACUACGGCGAGCCUUCCUCCCUCCCAUAAAUCUCAUUUCCUGCUGAGCAGAGAUUUGAAGAGAGAGGACAGACACCGAGAAAGGGAGUGAGAGCGAGUGUUUGGUGGUUCUGAGAAUUAGGGUUUGGGUUAGUCUUUGAAGGGGGAGCGGGCAUGUCGAAGAAUGCGGAGCAGAGCGAUGCGGAUCAGAGCGAUGCGAAGCCAGGGCUCAGAAAGCCGGUGUUCACGAAGGUGGAGCAGCUGAAGCCGGGGACCAGCGGCCACACCCUCACCCUCAAGGUUCUCACAGCAACCUCUGUCUUGCAGAAGGGCCGAUCGGUGUCGCCCCACCUCCGCCAGACUCGAAUCUCAGAGUGCCUUGUCGGGGACGAGACCGGCACCAUAGUCUUCACUGCACGCAAUGAUCAAGUUGAUCUGAUGAAGCCCGACGCGACAGUCAUUGUGCGGAAUGCAAAGAUAGACAUGUUCAAGGGAUCGAUGAGGCUAGCAGUUGACAAAUGGGGGCGCGUUGAGCUGGCUGACCCUGCAAAAUUUGUGGUUAAAGAGGAUAACAAUCUCUCGCUGGUGGAGUAUGAACUGGUGAAUGUUGUGGAAGAGUGACUCACUGACCCUCAUCUUUUUUCCUUGAUAUAUAAGCAUGUAACUCUCUCUCUCCCUCCCUCCCUCCAUAUAUAAGAAGGGCAUUAGAAGUUUUAAGCUGGGAUAGUUUUGGGAACGCCCUGGUGCUGUGGUUCUUGACCUUUUUUAUGCAUAGAAUAGAGAAGACUGGCAGGUAUAGUUUUGUGUCCUUCCGACCCAUCACGGAAAUGUAAAGGAAAAGAAAAGGAAAAAAGGAAGAUAAUGUUUAUCAGGAAAAAAUUAUGCUUCAA